AUGUCGUGUGUUCACUACAAGUUUUCAUCCAAACUGGACUACCACACAGUCCCUUUCGAUGGGCUGCAUAUCACCCUCAAGGAGCUAAGAAAGCAGAUUAUGAGCCGGGAGCACCUCAAGGCCACAAAAGGUGACCUGCAGAUCACCAAUGAGCAGACUGGUGAAGAAUAUACCGAUGAUGAAGCCCAAAUCCCGAAACACUCCUCCGUGAUUGUGCGUCGCACUCCGCUUGGUGGAGUAAAGCCCGCUGGCAGGACGUUCAUUGUAGAUCGUUCUUCCACAGCAGUGGUUGCAUCAUCUAGACCCACGGAUUCUUCUCCUUCUAUGUCACUUGCCCAACUCGCGAAGACAGCUAACCUGGUUGAUGCAAAUGCAUCAGAGGAUGAUAAGAUCAAAGCCAUGAUGUCUCAGUCAAACCAUGAAUAUGACCCCAUACAUUAUUCCAAGAAAGCAGUUGGACCUCCACCCGCUCACUAUGUCUGUUAUCGUUGUGGAAAGCCUGGUCAUUACAUUCGACAGUGCCCCAUGCUGUUGGUACAGGACAAGAGUGUGGAGGGUCCUAAACCAGUUAGGAUAAGUAAGGGGAUUCCUCAGAGUUUCAUGGUGAUAGCAGAGCCUGGCACCAAAGGAGCCAUGUUAACCAGCACUGGAGAAUAUGCAAUACCUGCAAUAGAUGCGAAAGCGUACGCAAAAGGAAAGAAGGAGCGCCCCCCCUUUGUUCCACAUGACCAGUCACCAUCUGAGGUCGAUGCAGAGCCAAUCCCUGACGAGCUCCUGUGUCCAAUCUGCAACGACCUGAUGAGGGACGCAGUAGUUAUACCCUGCUGCGGAAACAGUUUCUGCGAUGAUUGUAUCCGGACGGCCUUACUGGACUCAAAGGAGCACAUCUGCUUCACAUGCAGACAAUCAGAUGUUUCACCUGAUAAUCUCGUCAUCAACCGAGGUAUUCGAAAGGCUGUGAGUAAAAUCAGUUGUGGAUUAGGAUACAGCCAACAUUUAUGCAAGCAGGUCCAACAGGCAGCGCUGCCUCCGCCUCGCCUCCAGAUGUUCAGGCCUCUGCACUCAAGACAGCAGGACCCACUUCUGGCCAAUGUCACUCACCCCCCCCCUGCAAUCGUACCCACUGCUGCACCUCAAACACAGGUUCAGCCCCCUGCACCCUCUCCUCCUGCUCCUGUUUCCACUGCUGCGACUGCUACUGCUACUGCUGCUGCUCCUACUCCACCUCAUGCUGUUGCUGUCGAAGAUCAAGAUGUUUCACCAGCUCCGGCACCUGUCGCUGACCAACAUUCUCCUAUGCACUCUACCAGCCAGGGCGAGCCACCCCCACCUGGUGAAAUGAAUCAUAAACCUACUGUGAGACGAAGCCCAGAAAAUAACCCAGAAAUUGGACCACACGGCUACCAUUUAUCUGUUCUUGGCCUACCGCCACCGAUAAGGCUGCCACAUCCUCCAUCAGGUCACCAGUCACGACCCCAUCACCCUCACCGAGGAGGAGGCAGAGACUGGGAGAGCUCCUACACAGGUAGAGGAGAUCACACCCCCGCCCACCUCCAUAUAGCUCCACCUCAUGGACCAGCUCCUCCGGUGUACCCGUCUCAAUACCUGUACCCGCCCCCACCACAGUCCUACCCUCCUCCAUACACAUCUUGCUUUAUACCCCCUCCUCCAUUCGGUUACCCGCCCCCACCAAUUUAUGCCUCUGGACCACCGGGGCGCAACCCUCCCUGGAUCCCCCCUGGUGUCCAGCCCCCUUUACCCCACCUUGAACCCCCCCUCUCUCAGCCCCCCCGCUCCAGGGAAUAUUGCUACAGACAAAGGCAGCAACAGGACCAAACUACAUCCAACCUUAAUGAUUUUACUAUAGACUUCCACGGAGAGCUUAUGAAGUACAAAAAUUCACCAAAGAGACGAAGACCAUCUUAUUCCAGGUCAAGGUCAUUCAGUCGUUCUCCAUUCGGCCGCUCAGAGUGCACUCGCUCUAGAUCAAGAUUUAGAUCCAGGUCUUACUCUUAUUCCCCGAGUAGAUCCCGCUCCCGUUCACGCUCCCAUGGGCGGUCUUUUCAGGGCUCCCCUUAUUCCAGCCACAAUGAGCGCCGUUGCAGACGUUCGCGGUCAAGGUCCCACUCACUCUUGCGGUUUCCUUCUCCCUUACGGGCCGGACCCUGGGAGGGAGCAGAAGGACAGGAACCCUUCAGGUCCCGGUCUGGCUCCCCUGGUGGCUUCUGGAACUGCAGCCCUGGUGGACGGAAGCCACCACCUCGGGAGCCUCCACCAUAUAGAUUCAAGGGACCAAGUCCUGGAGGCCAUGAUCGCUGGGAGAGAGAAAGGCAUCGACAAUGGGAAAAGGAGUACACAGACUGGUACAACAAACACUACAAAGACUACGACAACCAACAGCCCUCACUUCAUCACAGAGGUCGCGGCAGCAGAGAUAGGAAGAGGGACAGAAUGUCUCCGUUACCCAGAGAUUACUCCCCUCAGGGGAGAGGAAGAAGAGGUAGGGAAGAGAGAGGUGCUCCCCCUCACCAUCCUCCAUCCUCUUCAUCAUCAGGGACUAAGUCCAGCACAAAAGUCCUUAAAACAAAGAAAGCAAAAAAGAAGAGGCCAGGGGAGGAACCUGAGACAUCACACUAUUCAGCAGACAGAGGUGAUGCUACUCCUGUCAGAGAUGAACCGAUGGAUGAAAUCACCUCAAUCAAUAAAACACCUCCCAGCUCCUCAAAACCUGCAUCUGGCUCUGGAGUCGCUAAAGUUCCUACUUCAAAAAGUCCUGCUGCACCUGCUAAGCCCUCAAACAAGACCGUAUCCAAGACCCAGUCUGAUAAGACCAGGAAAGAGAAGGCUCAGAAAGUGAAGCCUAAAGUCAAGACAGAGGCUGUGAAGACAGAGGCUGUGAAGACGGAGGCUGUGAAGGCAAAGAACGACAAGGUAAAGAAAAAGACAACAGAAGUAGUGGUCAUCAAAAAGAAAGACUCCUCGUCCUCCUCUGUCGCUAAACCAGUUAAGACCAUUAAAGCAAAUCCAGAAGAUAAUAUCAACUCGAGUAAAAGCUCUUCAGUGAGGCCUCCCCUGCUUAAGACCCCUCCACUGUCCUCCGGGAUCCUUCCUCUACCUCAUCCUUCUCUUCACGAUGGCCCUCGACUCAGCCAUGACAUUCAGGGAGGAAGAGAUCUUCCAACAGGUAGUGGUCUCCUCCCAAUCUCCCAUCCACAUGGACUCCCGCUCCACCAUGGACCUCCCUCUCCGUUGGACGGACGGAGGAGGAUGGGGGAUGAGGGCCGCUCUUUACUGGGACCUCCUCCUGGAAAGCUGCGGAGGAUAGAUGGAUUAGGGGGUUGCAGCGAUGUCCUCUCCCACUCACACAUGUCUCACCAGCCCCCGCUCCACAGACUCCAACUCCCUUCAGACAGACUCGGUCUUCUUCCCCAUCCUGAGAACAGUGAGAUGAUCCAAGGAGACGCAGAUGGAGGAACCAUUAGACCUCUAAUGGACCUGCCGGUGGGGAGGAGGAUGAUCAAGUUGAACAGAGAUCUGGGGAGAAAAGGCAGCACUGAGACAUCUGCCUCAGACAGAGCACCAUCAGGUCCUGAGAAGAUAUCGUCCACAUCAGACCAAUCAGCUUCUUCCAGCGUUUCUGAAGGUGACAGAUCCAACAGUACAACAGAAGGGGCUGGACGAAAGGAGCGAUCUGCCUCUGGAGAGAGGAGAGCCUCUCGCGAAAGACCAGGGAGUGCUGGAGAGAGACUGCCGGGCUCAGACCGAGAGCAGGACAGAGUCUCAGGACCAGACAGAGAUCGAGACAGAGUGUCUGGAUCAGACAGAGACAGAGGUGUGGGUUCUGAAAGAGAGAGAGAGAGGGACCAGGUUUCGGGAUCGAGCUCUCAGAAAGCAGCAGCGACAGCGGAGAGAGACGGCGACAGUGAGAGCUCUCGGUCGACUCAGGAGACAAAGAGAAGCUCAGUAAAAGACCAGAAGAGCGAAUCCUGUGAGGCAACUUCUGACAAACCCACCAAAUCAAAAAUGGUGAGGGAGGAGGAAAGAGGAUUAAAAGAUGAAGGGAGAUCUGCAGCCAGGGAGGAGGGGAGAGGAGUGACCGUGAAGGAGGAGAGAUCAGAAGAAGGGAGAGGCGGAGGAGGACGAGAGGAGAGUCGUGGUCCAGAGCCCAGGAGACAACGUUUGUGUUCUGACCUGGGCCGUGAGACGGACGAGGCCGCCUUCGUCCCCGACUACAGCGAAGGUGAAGGCUCGGAGCCGGAGAGAGGAAGGAGCAGCCCCAGCCAGUCCGUCAGCCAAGCCUCCCGAAGCGGCAGCCAGAGCAACCCCAGCGACUCGGGGACCACCACCACUGCAGACAAGAAAAAGAAGAAACACAAGAAACAGAAAAAG